AUGCCCUCCCUCCGGCCAUGGAAGGAUCUUUCUCCAGGGGAUAGCCCCCGACAUGCUCAAUCCUCGAAUGCUGCCCAUAUCCUGGUGAUUGGGGCCGGUGUCAUUGGACUCACCACCGCCUGGGCUCUCCUUGACAACGGCUACAGAGUCACCGUUGUCUCGAAGGAAUGGGCCUCGUUUAACCAGCAGCCACGGCUGACUUCCCAGAUUGCCGGUGCGCUCUGGGAAUACCCGCCCGCGGUCUGUGGCCAGCACACCGAUGUCGUUUCCUUGACCAAAUCCAAGCGGUGGUGCAUGGUCUCCUACCAUAUCUUCAGCGCCCUGGCCAAUCCGCCCUCGCUGGCCAGCGCGGUGGGAAUCCGCAUGAAGCCUGCCACGUUUUUCUUCCCGCGGCCCAUCGCAGACACCCCCGACGUGCUUCGGAAAAUCCAAGAGCUGACGACCAGCGGCGUCCGGGGAUUCUCGCAUGGCCCGGGCCUCAUCCGCAGCCACAGCAGUCUCGGCCCCUCCCACGGGGCUGUCGACGCCUUUCAGCUUCUCUCCCCGGUAAUCGACACAGACGUCUGCAUGGCCUGGCUCACCAAGCUCGUCCAGAGCAAAGGGGCCACCCUGCACACCGAGACCAUCACAGGCGACCUCUUCACGGGGGAAGCCCAGCUGCGCCGGCGCUUCCACGCCGACGCCCUCGUCAACGCCACGGGGCUGGGCGCCUCGGAUCUCGCCAACGACCACACCUGCUACCCGAUCCGGGGCGCGCUGAUCCGGCUCCUCAACGACGGAACGGAUUUCCCCAAAAUCGACGCUGCCAUGGCGGUGCCCGUGGAGACGGACCCGAAUCUCUCCCCGACCGCCGAGCUGAUCUUCCUCGUGCCGCGGAACGACCACAUCCUCCUGCUCGGCGGCAUCGUCGAACCGCACGAGGGCGAGUUGGAUCUCACGCCCGAGUCGCCCGUCAUCAGGCGCAUGCGAGCCCGCUGCGAGGACUUCCUCCCGGGCCUGCAAAACGCCCGGGUGGACCCGGACUACCCGCUGGCGCAGGGGCUGCGUCCGUUCCGCGGGAGGAAUAUUCGCGUGGAGCGCGAACUCCGCCAGCACGGCGGCAAGCCCAGUCGCAUUGUGCAUAACUAUGGGCAUGGCGGCGCUGGAUGGAGUCUGUGUUUCGGGUGUGCGGGGGACGUGCUGGAUUUGAUCCACGACGCUCUUUUGGAUUUGGCUCCUGAGUCGACUGCAUCGGGGUUCGUCGAGGGGGAGACCGUUGCGAAAUUGUAG